ACUUCAAAGUCCAACGCCAAACUUUUAGCAAGAUAUACACUUACCCCUUCAUCAUACAACCUGGUACAAAAACUGAAAAAGAUGAAGCCUUUUCUGAACAAGCUUUACUCUAUCGUUUCUAAGGAUAAAUUGGAGCCCUCUUCAGAAGAUAUUCAACCGACCAUUAGAGAUUAUAUCCAGCAGUCCAAAGAAGCCGACAAACUUGGCCUUUUCAGUUCUGGUGACGUUGGUCACUUAGCCAAGUACAGCAGCUCUAAGUCUGGAGAAGACGAUGAACAAGAAAAGGGAAGCUCAUCUACAUACAGUGACCACGUGGUGUCUGGCUGCGAUGGUCAGCACAAACAUCUGUCAGAGGUUGGGCAUGGCGACAGCGACGCCGAAUACAAUGGUUGGGAGAAAAGCGACGAAGGCUAUGGCAGCAAAUACUCUAAUGGAAACGAUGCUACUGAAACUGAGGGACGACUUAUUAGCAGCGAGGGAGAUUAUUCUGAUAGUGAAGAAGUUUACCAUAAAGACAAAGGUGGCGAUUACGAACGCGGAGAAACAGAAGAAUCCUAUAGUAAGAGUGGUUAUUACAGCAAAGGUGAUGACUACGGUACAAAAGAGAGCCAUUACAGUCAAGAUGGUGACUACGAUAGCAACAAAGAUGAUGAAUAUGUCAGAGAAUGGUAUAAAGGGAACGACUGUUAUAGCAGCUCCAAGUAUAGCAAUGACGAUGAUAGCGAAGAUAAUGAUGAAAGCAAAGGAGGCUAUUAUAGCAAGGGAGAAUAUCACGAUAGCAAAACUGGAUCUUAUCACAAGGGAGAUGAUUACGAAAGCGAACGUGGCUCCUACGGCAAGGGAGGUGAUUAUGAAAGCAAAGGUAGUUCCAAUAGCAAGGGAGAUGACAAUGAUAGUGAAAGUGGCUCCUACGGCAAGGGACAUGACUAUGAAAGCGAAAGUGGCUACUACAGCAAGGGAGGUGAUUACGAUAGCAAAAGUGGCUCCUACGGCAAGGGAGAUGACUAUGAUAGUGAAAGUGGCUCCUACGGCAAGGGAGGUGGUUACGAUGACAAAAGUGGCUCCUACAGCAAGGGAGGUGAUUACGAUAGCAAAAGUGACUCCUACGGCAAGGGAGAUGACUACGAUAGUAAAAGUGGCUCCUACGGCAAGGGAGGUGAUUACGAUAGCAAAAGUGGCUCCUAUGGCAAGGGAGAUGAUUACGAAAGCGAAAGUGGCUCAUACGGCAAGGGAGGUGAUUAUGAAAGCAAAGGUAGUUCCAAUAGCAAGGGAGAUGACUAUGAUAGUGAAAGUGGCUCAUACGACAAGGGAGAUGAUAACGAUGACAAAAGUGGCUACUACAGCAAGGGAGGUGAUUACGAUAGCAAAAGUGGCUCCUACGGCAAGGGAGGUGACUACGAUAGCAAAAGUGGCUCCUACGGCAAGGGAAGUGAUUACGAAAGCGAAAGUGGCUCCUACAGCAAGGGAGGUGAUUAUGAUAGCAAAGGUAGAUCAAAUAGCAAGGGAGAUGACUAUGAUAGUGAAAGUGGCUCAUACGACAAGGGAGGUGAUUACGAUGACAAAAGUGGCUCCUUUAGCAAGGGAGGUGAUUACGAUAGCAAAAGUGACUCCUACGGCAAGGGAGGUGACUACGAUAGCAAAAGUGGCUCCUACGGCAAGGGAAGUGAUUACGAUAGCAAAAGUGGCUCCUAUGGCAAGGGAGAUGAUUACGAAAGCGAAAGUGGCUCCUACAGCAAGGGAGGUGAUUAUGAUAGCAAAGGUAGAUCAAAUAGCAAGGGAGAUGACUAUGAUAGUGAAAGUGGCUCAUACGACAAGGGAGAUGACUACAAUAGCAAAAGUGACUCCUACGGCAAGGGAGGUGAUUACGAUGACAAAAGUGACUCCUACGGCAAGGGAGGUGAUUACGAUGACAAAAGUGGCUCCUACAGCAAGGGAGGUGAUUACGAUAGCAAAAGUGGCUCCUACGGCAAGGGAGAUGAUUACAAUAGCAAAAGUGACUCCUACGAAAAGGGAGAUGAUUACGAUAGCAAAAGUGGCUCCUACGGCAAGGGAGAUGAUUACGAAAGCGAAAGUGGCUCCUACGGCAAGGGAGGUGAUUAUGAUAGCAAAGGUAUAUCAAAUAGCAAGGGAGAUGACUAUGAUAGUGAAAGUGGCUCCUACGGCAAGGGAGGUGAUUACGAUGGCAAAAGUGGCUCAUAUGGCAAGGGAGUUGAUUAUGAUAGUAAAAGUGACUCCUACGGCAAGGGAGGUGACUACGAUGGCAAAAGUGGCUCAUAUGGCAAGGGAGUUGAUUAUGAUAGUAAAAGUGACUCCUACGGCAAGGGAGGUGACUACGAUGGCAAAAGUGGCUCAUAUGGCAAGGGAGUUGAUUAUGAUAGUAAAAGUGACUCCUACGGCAAGGGAGGUGAUUACGAUGGCAAAAGUGGCUCAUAUGGCAAGGGAGUUGAUUAUGAUAGUAAAAGCGGCUCCUACGGCAAGGGAGGUGAUUACGAUAGCAAAAGUGGCUCCUACGGCAAGGGAAGUGAUUAUGAUAGUAAAGGUGGAUCCUAUAGCAAGGGAGAUGAUUACGAAAGUACGGGAGAUGAUCAAGAAAGCAAAGGGGGCUAUUAUAGCAAGGAAGACUAUUACGACAUCAAAGGCUCCCACAAAAAAGUUAGUGACGAAGAGAACAAGGAAGAAAUCGAAAGUGGCUCUUCUAGCAAGGGAGACUAUUUCAACAAAGGAGAGGAAGACGAUAGCAAAUUUAGCUUUUCUAGCGAAGGGAGUGAUUAUGCUGGUAAAGGAGGCUACUUUAGCAAGGGAGAUGAUCACGACAUUAAAGGUGACUCCUACAGUGAUGAUGAUGAUGAUGGUAAGAGUGGCUAUUCUACUAAAGGAAACGAUGAUGAUGAUGUCACCGGAGGCUAUUUUCAUAAAGAGGGUUAUGAGAGCCAAGGGAGCGAGUAUGACAGCAAGUGGUUAGAAGGUGACGGACCUCAUGACUAUGAAGUAGGUGAAUGGAGCAAAGACGACGAAGACGCUGAGCGCCACGGAGAGUCCAAAGGCAGUGAAACGAAUCACGGAGGAUGCCAUCACAAUGGCGAAGAAGGCCACGACAGUAGCGAAGAAAGCGAGGGGGGUUCCCUAGAAGACUACGACGAAGCUAGCGAAUAUGGCGAGCAUGGUGAUGGCUUCAGCGAUGACUCUUACGAACACAAGACUGAGCUCUCUUCCGGCAAAGGCAUUUCCGAGAAAGGCAGCGAUGAUCCCUACGACGACAACGAAUCAGAAAAGGGAAAGAACUUUGGCUUCGAGGCUUCAAGUCCAGAAGAAGGCGGAUCUAAAAGCAAGGACGGGAAAAAAGAAGACGUUUUUGAUGACAAGGCUUCCAAAGGCGAAGGCAAAAUUUUCAGCAAAAAUGAAGGAAAGGAUGAGACAAACACAUUUGGUCUCAAAGACGACAAAAAGCCAAAAGUGUUUGAAAAUAAAGGCUUUGAUGUUUUUGGAAAGGAAUUCAAAACAGGAGAAAGCAGCAGCGAAGAGAAGCUUGAGAAGAAGGUCAGCCCCAAAGAAGAAAGCAUGUUGGAUCCACAUACGUUCUCGUUUCUUAGCAAGUACUCCAUCAGCCGAAAGGUUAGAUCUGCAGACUUAAAGGGAAACGCUGCCGUAGCCGGAGCGAACGGCUUCAAAUCUGGCAACCUAAAAGGAAACAAAAACUUCAACUCCGCAGGGGGGCCCAAUGAUGCUGGGGUAAUAACAAUAAACGCUGGUGCUAACAGACUGAAUAUCUUCGUGGACAAAGAAUCCCAGGGAAAGCAAAAAGGGAAAAAUUUGGCUGCUGGAAAGCAAGAAGGCGAUUUGAUCUUCGCUACAGCCAACGAUGGCAGCUUUGAGGGCAAACUUACAGGGCAAAAUGCGGGGUUCAGUGGAUUUGAUCAAAGCGGAACUGUCGGCUUAGAAGGCAAAAAUGAUUACUUUGAUCCAAAUUUUCGAUAUCACCCUAAGAAUAUUGGAAUUGGCGGGAAACUAUUUGGCGAGAACAGGGACUUGAAAGGAGCAGAUGCCGAUGACUCUGGGGACUAUUAUUCUACUGAGUUGGAGGGGGAGGCUGAAAAUGAGAAUAAAGACAAUGGCAAAUGGCUCGGAGCUGGAGCUGGUACAAACAAUGGUUUCUUUGGAGGCUAUGGUAAAAAUCUUGCACCUGGAAAUGGUGACGGUGCAAGAUAUGGUGGGGGAUUUGAUAAAUGGAAAAACAGUGGCGGCGAUGGCAACGGAAAAAAAUUUGGCGGUGGAUACGCCGAUGGCGGUGACUACGAUGGUAGAUAUGGCAACUGGAAGAACUACGGUGGUGAUGGUAGUGGAAAAAAUCUAGGCGGUGGAUACGCCGAUGGUGGUGACUACGAUGGUGAAUAUGGCGAUGGAAAGAACUACGGAGGUGUAAAAAAUCAAGACGCCGUUGAUUACGAUGGAGGAAACGGAAAAGGUGGAUUCGGCAAAGGAUGGGAGGAUUAUUACGGCGGCGGAAACGGAGCAGGCAAGGACUCUAAUGGUCAAGGCUGGAAAAUCAGCGGCCGAGGAAACAAAUUCAAUGGCGGCAAUCCAGAGUACGAAUAUGAAACGGAAUAUAGCGUGGAAGACGGCAGAGGAGGAGAUUACAACGAUGACGGGGGCGAUCACAGUGACUACGGAUUUAAUCACAAACAUGUCGGCUGUCAUAAGAACAUAGACAACGUGUUUCACAAAGCUUUAGGCCUGGGCGGAAAGAACGGCUACGGUGGCAAUGGAAAAAACCUAGGCGGUGGAUACGCCGAUGGAGGUGACUACGACGGAAAUGGAAAGAAUGACGACGCUGGUGAUGACGACAACAAUGGUUAUGACGACAGUUUGGGGAAAUUCGGACAAGGAGUUGGAACAGGAUUUGUUAAAGAUGGGGCCGGAAAUGGAUUCGGAAAGGGCCGAAGUUGGGGAGCUGGACAUGGAGGCUGGGAUGAUUACGAAGGAGGGUUCGGAAAGGGUGGAAAGCUAGUAGGCGGCAAUGAUGGUAGAUUCGGAAAAAAUGGGAACAGCGGUAGAGUAGGAACAGGAGGACAAUUUGGCGCAGGCUAUGGUAAAGAUGAUUACGAUGGUGGAUUCGGAAAAGGAAGAAAUUUUGGUGGCGGAUAUGGAAACUGGGAUGACUAUGAUGGUGGAUCCGGGAAAGGAGGCUACGGUGGUGGAGUUGGAAAAGGAGGACGUUUUGGAGGUGGGUAUGGUAACGGAGACGACUACGAUGGUGGACUAGGAAAAGGAGGACAUUUUGGCGCAGGGUAUGGUAAUGGAGAUGAUUAUGAUAGUGGAUUCGGAAAAGAUGGCAACGGGGGUGGAUUAGGAAAAGGAGGACAUUUUGGGGACGACUAUGAUGGUGGCAAUGAUAACGACAAUUACGGUGGCAGAACACACGGAGAUAUCUAUUUACGCAACAGGAAAGGCUUAGACAUCAACAACAAACACAUUUCUAAUGAUUUUAAAGCACUCGUUGGAAAAAUCACCAAUGGCAUUGUAGCUAAAGCUAGAAACACUGGACUCUUAGGGGAUCUAUCGCUUCCUAGAGCGUCUGUUAAUCAUCAUGUACAGAAACGAUCUGAUCCUGUUUCCAGCGAAAACUUCUACAAGUCCAAAGAAUACGACGGUGCCCGUAGCGCAAGCGCUUUCAAAUCAUGGAGCGCGAAUCAGGACUCAUCAUCUUUGGAUCAAAACGCUGCUAAGAAACCCGAAGUGUUUUCACCAAAUGAAGGAGUUAAAUUGAACAGUGAUUCAUCCACGGCGUUAAAGAAUAAAUCACCCUCCGCUGAAAAGAGCCCAAACCUGCCGAACAAUGGCAAGAAAGUCAUUUUCAAUCUUUAUGACGAGUCCCCCAACUCUGGCAGCUUCUCAAGUUAUGAAGACAACAACUUGAUCAACCAAACGCCCAUCUGGCCAACUUCUGACACCAGUGGCGGCUCCAUGCCCUCGGACAAAUCUGAAUCUCAGCCGACAACGGACAAUCAAGAGGAGAAAACUUUCACGAAAUGCGAAGCUGUGGGCAAAUGGAAGAAGCACAAAGGAAUGGACGCUUGGUGCUUGGACAACUGCAACCAAGGCUACUGUCCACCCACCCAUUGCACAUGUUUGUGACACUAAUGCAAAGAUCUAGUAUCUUUGUUAAACUAAUGAUACGAGCUUAAUACUUAGAGCUGUAUAUUAUGUAUAUAGACUAUAAGGCUACAAAUGGUAUAUGCCCACAGACGCUUGCAUUCCAUGUUUUGUUUGUUAUAAAUGUUUAUGUUAGAUGUAACAGACAUGUAAACAUUGCGUGCAGAUGUACAUGCAUGUAUAUAAGAGUGUGUACGUGUUUACAUCUUAUUGAAUGUGCUGUAUUUAGGUGAACAUUUUCUUGAAUAUUAGUGUUUUCUUGGCAGAUGUACUUGUAAAGUAAGACUUCUCUUUAAUUGAAAUGAGAAUUACCAGAGGUGCCUCAUGAAUGAAGGCAGUAGUGUGAAUAAUAAAUGGUAUGACUUCUUCCAAGCCCCCCCUCCCUUUUUCCUUUUCAGUUUCAAAUGGUCCCAGUGCUCUACACUCAGCAGUAUCAGAUGUUGAAUGUUGGUGACCUUGCCUAACUUUGACCUUGUUUCAAAACUGAAAUCUCCGUAUCCUCUGCUUUUUAUCUCAUAUCCAAGGUCACUAUAACAGUCGGUAUUCUGCGUCGUGGCAGAUUAUCAAAUGAUUUCAUUUCUUCCUUUCUUGAUGCUUUUUUUUUAUCUGAACCUGCUCAAACUACAAAGUGGCUGGGAAAAUUGCAAUAACAUUCUGGACAUUGUUCACGACAAUUAUCUCAUUCCAAGCUAAUGAUUAAGUAAUGUGUUUGAUUCUCUGGUUCCAGCACACGUGAAUUGUAUUGUCUAACCACUUUCAAAUGUUGACUAUAAUGCUAUUGGACAGUGUUUGACUCUUUUAAUUCUAUAUUGUUACGAUUAGAGAGUGUGUUUCUUUGUCUUGGUGUAAAUGUCUUCUGUCUGUAAAUACCACACAGUAUUAUGCAUUCUGUAAAUAGUCGCUUUGCUUAAUGUUUCAAGAGAGAAGAUAUUUGGAAAGCUGCUUUCGUGAAUACGCCAUAUUGAAAUGCAAUAAUUGUACAAUUAUUUGCUUUGUAAAUAAAUAAAUAAAUAUCUGCUUCA